AUGUUCAUCCUGGUUCCUGGUACAUAUAUUCAUAUUGGUAUAGAAUUUAUGAUUACACCUAUUUUACUAGCUUAUGUUGAACAACUUAAAAAUACUUCUAUUAUACAAUUGGGAAUAAAUAUUGAUGGAUUGCCAAUUUCUAGAAACUCUAAAUCAAAUUUAUGGCCAAUUUUAAUUUCUAUAGUAAAUAUUCCAAUAUUGUCAAAAUAUGUUAUGCCUGUGGGAAUAUAUUAUGGUAGAUUUAAAAAGCCAGGGUCAAUUUUUGAAUAUUUAAACUCAUUUAUGACUGAAAUGAAAAGUAUUAUUUCAAAUGGAAUAUACUUAAAUGGUAAAAUUUACAAUUUUAUUAUAAGCCAAAUAAUUUGUGACGCUCCGGCAAAGGCAUUUAUUUUAAAUGUUAAAUCCUUUAACGCAUACCAUAGCUGCAAUUCUUGUAUCGAAGAAGGAACAUUUAUUAAUGGCCGGAUGUCAUUUUUAGGAGUGUCUUCUCCUUUAAGAACUGACGAUUCAUUUCGUUCAAAAAAGGAUGAAGAUUACCACAAAGGACCUAGCCCUUUAGAAGAAUUUCCCAUUAAUUUGGUAUCAACUGUCGUUCUAGACUAUAUGCACAAUGUCUGUCUUGGGGUCAUGAAACGUUUACUUACUUUUUGGGUAAAAGGAAAAAAACCUAUUAGGUUUAAAAGUGUUGAAAUAGUAUCUGAAAUUUCUUCACAACUCAUUGACAUAAAACCAUACUUCCCUUCAGAAUUUAAUAGAUUACCGCGGAGUUUGGACGAAUUAGAAUUUUUUAAAGCUACAGAGUUUAGGCCUUUUCUUUUAUAUACGUCGUUAAUUGUUUUAAAAGGAAGAUUUACAAAACAGCAACUUUUUCAACAUUUUAUGUUAUUACAUUGUGCAAUAAAAAUAUUGAUUAGCAAUGAUUUGUAUAUAACACAUAAUUCUAUAGCAAAAAAUUUACUUAUGUCAUUUGUUUCUCAAUAUCCUACUUUAUAA